AUGCUAUUUAGAAUUUAUUUCUGAACGCUACGCGUAGUUGACUGAACGUAGUGUUUAAAUUCUCUUUGGUUGACAUUUAACCAUCCGGUUGCCAUAUUGGUUUUUAAAAGUAACCUUUUCCGUUUUGUUGUCGCAAAAAUGACGGGCUUUAGUAAUAAGGCCAUAGUUAUUGAUGGCCGUGGCCAUCUACUCGGUCGUCUUGCGGCCGUUAUUGCUAAGGUCCUCUUGGAAGGAAACAAGGUUGUUGUCGUAAGAUGUGAACAAAUUAACAUCUCAGGAAACUUCUUCAGGAAUAAGUUGAAGUUCAUGUCAUUUUUGCGGAAGCGGUGCAAUGUCAACCCAGCACGCGGACCAUUCCACUUCAGAGCCCCUUCAAAAGUUCUGUGGAAAACAGUCAGAGGCAUGAUCCCACACAAAACUGAGCGAGGAAAGGAUGCUCUAAGACGGCUUCGUGCUUAUGAUGGCUGCCCACCACCAUAUGACAACCGUCGCAGAGUUGUGGUUCCAGCUGCCCUCCGAGUAUUCUGUUUGAAACCUGGUCGCAAGUACUGUCAUGUUGGUCGAUUAUCACAUGAAGUUGGCUGGAAGUACAGUGCUGUAGUUCGUAAACUGGAAGACAAGAGAAAGUUCAAGGCAAUCCACAAAGCCUCUUACGAAAGGAAGCUCAAGACAAUCACCAAGCAAGCCGGUGAAAAAGUAGCUAAAGUGACUGCACCAUUCUCUGCAAUUAUGCAAUCCUAUGGAUACAAUUAGGAUAAGAAUAUUUACUAAAUAAACCUUUGGUUGCCCAA